AUGGCAGCGAGCGGGCAGCCGCGCAAGCUGCAGGAGCAGGUGGCGCAUGGCGGCCCCGUUCGGUGCGUGCACAUCGGCCGCAAGUCCGGCGGCGUGAUGGUGACGGGUGGCGACGACAAGAAGGUGAACCUCUGGUCGGUCGGCCGCCCCAACGCGAUCCUGUCCCUCGCGGGCCACACCAGCAGCGUCGAGUCGGUCUCCUUCGACUGUUCGGAGCGGACCGUCGUCGCCGGCUCGGCCGGCGGCACUCUGAAGAUGUGGGACCUCGAGCACGGCCGCGUGGCGCGCACGCUCACCGGCCACCGCUCGAGCGCCAUCACGGUCGAGUGGCAUCCGUACGGAGAGUUCUUCGCGUCGGGCUCGGCAGACACGUACCUCAAGGUGUGGGACAUGCGCCAGCGCGCGUGCAUCCAGACGUACCGGGGCCACGCCGGCGCCGUGCGCAACCUCCUCUUCUCUCCCGACGGCCGGUGGGUGGUCUCUGGCUGCGACGGAGGCGAGGUCAGGCUGUGGGACCUGACCGCGGGCAAGCUGCUGACGGAGCUCUGCACGCACGCGGGCGCCGUGUCCGCUCUCGCGAUCCACCCGACCGAGUUCCUUAUGGCGACCGCCGCCGCCGACCGCACCGUCCGCCUCUGGGACCUGGAGACGUUUUCGCCGGUCGGGGCGGCGCUGCCCGAGCCCGGCGGAGGGUCGCGGCGGGUCGCCUUCACGCCAGACGGGAGCGCGCUGCUCUCGGCGGGCGAGGAGUCGCUGCGC